UCAUUAUGAAGUGUGAGAAACCGGUUAUAACGUAUGUUAAAACGAAUUUGACGACUUCUUACUCGGCUUCAAUGUAGCUUCAUGAUGGCUGAAAAAACUGACAGAAGCGAUGAGGUGAUUGAAUUUGCUUUGGAUAGAACUGAGAAGAAUGGAAACUUGGUUCAAAAUGAUUUACCAGGUAAUAUGGUGACUAACACAGCUCCAGGCAGAACCCUGCAGAAACUCAGUCCCAUACUUGAGCUUGAUCCUGGAUCAGACGCAGCUUCUACUGGAUCUUCGGAUGGGAUCUCCUCUUCCACAACCUCCUUACCUGACACUCAGGAUGCUGAAGAUGCCUGUGCCGGGAUCAUACUCAACUGCCUCUUCUGCCAGUUUUAUGAUCUAUGCCUCACGCUGCCUGACACGUGUAAACGUGCCGCUUAUCAAAUCUGCCCAGCCUGCAGCUACUUAUUUGCUCCAUUAGAACCAGUCCAAAGCAGCGAUUGGAACUGUCACUGCGACAUUGACUGUGAUCUAUUUGAUGCUUGCCAAGAGACCAGCAAUUGCCUGGAGUUAGCCAUGGAGAUCUCGGAGAUUUGUUACCGUUAACCUGCUAACCAUGGCAACAAAAUGGAUAGGAGAAUUCAAGACUACAAGGGCAACUUUGAAGCCAGUGGAUGAUGCAUUGUCAGUAUUACUGUAUAUUUUCAGUUAUGUUUAUUGAGUGUAAGUUGCAAUGCUACUUAAACAUGAACUUAGAAUGCAGUACAUCUAUGAAGUUGCCUUUAAAUUGUGGUAAGUUUUGGUAUGCUUAGGCACACCAUUGCACAAGGUUGUACAAGAAAUACAAAGUAUGUGGAGUGGAUUCUGAAGAAGAAUGACAGAUGCUGACACAUGCUCCUAUGCAUGCUUGUGGCCAUUUCUUUAAACACUGUGAAUGUCCUGGGGAGUUGGA